ACCUGCCCUCCCGUUCCCUACCUCCUCCCCGACCCCGAUAUCUUCCGUCUCCGUGAAUCCAACUGCUCCUCCCACAACCCUCCAAUUCCUUCCUUCUUCUUCCUUCUUCACCAGCAGCCUCUCCACAAUGUUCGAAGCACGUCUCCCGCAAAGCGCAACCCUCAAAAAGCUCCUCGACUCUGUCAAGGAUCUCAUCGCUCAGACUAACUUUGACUGCUCCAACGAUGGCAUCAGCCUUCAGGCGAUGGACGAAGCCCACGUCUGCCUCGCCACCAUGACCCUGCGCUCGCAGGCCUUCGACUUGUACAGAUGCGACAAGCCGCUCUCCAUGGGCAUCAACCUCACCUCCUUCAGCAAGAUCCUCAAGUGCGCCGGCAACGACGACUCGGUCAAAAUCGUCGCCGACGACGAGGGCGCCGACUGCGCCGAGUUCAUCUUCGAAAACAAGAGCGCCGACCGCGUCGCACAUUUCGAGCUCAAGCUCAUGGACAUCGACUCGGAACACAUGAGUGUCCCGGACGAUGGUGACUACCAGGCCAUCAUUAACUUACCGUCACAGGAGUAUCGCCGCAUCUUUUCGGAUCUCUCUAUCAUUGGAGACACCAUUUCAAUCGAGGUAUCUAAGACAUCGGCUUGCUUUUCAGUGGAAGGCGAUAUCGGCCAGGGCUCGCUUAAUAUUCAGCAGAGUGAUUCCGCUGAUGAUAAGAGUGCUAUCACCAUCAAUGUCAAGGAGCCCGUUAAGAUGACUUUCCCGGGAAGAUAUCUCAACAUGUUUACAAAGGCUGUCCCGAUUUCCGACUCUGUCACGCUCUGUAUUCAAGAUGGCCAUCCCCUCGCCAUUGAGUUUGCUCUCCCAGAAGAAGCUGGGUUUGUCCGAUACUUCCUGGCUCCUAAGAUUGAUCAAGACGACGACGACGAAGAUGGAGAAGCAAAGUCUGACGAAGCAAUCGAUGCCGAUGAGGAAGAAUAGACACUUUCUUCCUUUGUUUCACUCACAGUCAUAGAGUUGUUAUCCCGAUGCCUUUCCUUGAAGGCUGCUCAAGCCCAGGGCUUUUCGUUGGUGCCGUGCGCAUCUUUCAUGUAUAAAUGUUACGUCGUUAAAAGAGAACAAAACAUACCU